AUGGAGGCUGCUUCAGCUCGCGCUGCGGCUCGCGACCGCUGGAACGAUGUGCCAUCGUCUGGUCGAACCCCCUCCCAGCUUCAACGCUUCGUCCAGCAUGCCUGCAGUCCCGAGAACUAUGAGCCCAAUCUCGCUUUGAACCUCGAAAUCGCCGAUCUUAUAAACUCCAAGAAGGGUUCCGCCCCUCGUGAGGCGGCUACUGCUAUUGUCAACUAUAUUAAUCAUCGCAAUCCCAACGUUGCCUUGCUCGCCCUCGGACUUCUUGACAUUUGCGUCAAGAACUGCGGAUACCCCUUUCAUCUACAGAUCGGUACAAAAGAGUUCCUCAAUGAACUCGUCAGGAGAUUUCCCGAGCGCCCGCCAAUGCGACCUACGAGGGUGCAGGCCAAGAUCCUUGAGGCGAUUGAAGAAUGGCGAGGGACAAUAUGCGAAACGAGCCGAUACAAGGAAGAUCUGGGAUUUAUCAGGGACAUGCAUCGGUUGCUAAGUUAUAAGGGAUACGUCUUCCCCGAGGUGCGAAGGGAAGAUGCUGCUGUCUUGAACCCUAGUGACAACCUCAAAUCUGCCGAAGAAAUGGAGGAGGAGGAGCGAGAGGCACAAUCAGCCAAGCUUCAAGAGCUUAUUCGUCGCGGUACUCCAGAGGACCUUCAAGAAGCCAACCGCCUUAUGAAGGUUAUGGCCGGCUACGACACGCGAUCGAAGACCGAUUACCGCGCCAAGGCUGCUGAGGAGGUUGCUAAGAUUCAGGCCAAAGCACGAUUACUGGAGGAGCGACUGGACUCUUUCAAAGCAGGCGACAAGAUGGAGGAUGGCGAUGUGUUCAGCGAAUUGGCUACUGCUUUGCAAAGCGCUCAGCCAAAGAUCCAAAAAAUGUGCGAGGAGGAGUCGGAUGACCAUGAGGCCGUUGCCAAGCUCUUGGAGAUCAACGAUAGCAUACACCGAACGGCAGAACGGUAUAAGCUGAUGAAGAAGGGUGAUAUGGAGGGCGCUGCCAAGGUUGCCGCCGGCGCUCCUCCCCCUUCCUCCUCGGGGACUGCUGCUGCAUCUUCGAGUGCCGCAAACGAGCUAUCGCUUAUUGAUUUUGAUGCUGAUGCCAGCAGCAACGGCGCUCAAUCGAGCAACGCUCCUGCUCCUAGCUCCAGCGCUGGGGGUCUUGAGAAUGACCUCCUUGGUCUCGAUAUUGGUGGUGGAGAGUCCAGCAGCUUUGGCCAGGGUGGCGGUAUUGCUCUUGGCUUUGGCGCAAACUCAAACAUCCCAGGCCCUGCGCUGCUAUCUUCUAUGACCCAAGACAACUCUGCCAGAGGUCAGGUGUCAACUCCAACCCCUCCCCCUUUCUCGCAAUUUGCCUCCUUCUCACAGCCCGUCUCCCAGACGGCAACUCCUCAGCCCUCUAUUCAGCAGCAACCUGCUCCCCCAGCUCAGCCUGCUUCUGACCCCUUCGCCAUGCUCGGGGCUGGAAGCAUGGCCUCUCAGCGCGUAUCUCCUGCGCCAACUCAACAGCAGCCUCCCGCAGCUUCGAACGAUGACGACGAAUGGAGCUUCUCUUCAGCAUUGCCUCCAGAGCCUAGCAAGCCUAAGGAGCACCAAGCUACCGUAAGCAGCACGAACGUCAAGAUCGAGAUGAUUGCGAGAAGAGCUCCUGGUAAUGAGAACGCCAUCAAUAUCGUCUUCGCGUUUUCCAACAACGUACCCCAACCCAUUAGCGAGCUUCACUUCCAGCUCGCUGGCUACGAACUCCAGCUCAAGCCUCAGACCGGCCGUGACCUCGCUCCCCAACAGAGCCGCGGCGUCACCCAAGAAGUCCAAAUUUGGCAUGCGGGUAACCGUGCCCAAAAGGUCACAAGUGCCAAGUUGAGAUGGCGUGCAUCUUACAAGCUGAACGAGCAGGCCGUUAAUGAGAUGGGUGAGGUGACCGAGUUCAGUCUCGCAUAA